AGGGAGGAGGGGAGAGGGGAGGGGGUGCCUCGAGAGGCGGCGGCUCGCGCGCCUGCGCAGCCAGCUCCAGGGACCCUAGGUUUUCUAUGGGAUUCCCAAUCUGCAGCAGAGACUUACCCGAGCUUGUUGCGGCGGCGGCUGGGCUUGCGAGGCGCGAUCUAAGAGGGAUUUAAGCAGCCUACAGCUCCAGAGAAAAAAAGCGCGAGAGAACCACACACAGAGACGGCUUAACCGUUUAUCUGAAUUAUACAUAUAUAUAAAGAACUGUUGAGUUUUAUUAUUUUCAUUAAGUGACCGUGCGCAGCGCUAUAACUGCAGAAUGGGGAAACAGAAUAGCAAACUGGCCCCUGAAGUGAUGGAGGACCUGGUGAAGAGCACAGAGUUUAACGAGCAUGAGCUCAAGCAGUGGUACAAAGGAUUCCUCAAGGACUGUCCAAGUGGGAGGCUGAACCUCGAGGAAUUUCAGCAACUCUACGUGAAGUUCUUCCCUUACGGAGACGCCUCCAAGUUUGCCCAGCACGCCUUCCGAACCUUUGACAAGAACGGGGACGGCACCAUCGACUUCCGAGAGUUCAUCUGCGCCCUGUCCAUCACCUCGAGGGGCAGCUUCGAGCAGAAACUGAACUGGGCCUUCAACAUGUACGACCUGGACGGCGACGGCAAGAUCACGCGGGUGGAGAUGCUGGAGAUCAUCGAGGCUAUCUAUAAGAUGGUAGGCACUGUGAUCAUGAUGAAAAUGAAUGAGGACGGCCUCACGCCUGAGCAGCGAGUAGACAAGAUUUUCAGCAAGAUGGAUAAGAACAAAGAUGACCAGAUUACACUGGAUGAAUUCAAAGAAGCUGCAAAGAGCGACCCUUCCAUUGUAUUACUUCUGCAGUGCGACAUUCAGAAAUGAGCUGAGGUCAAUGCUAUGGACUGCACAAAAGUCUCAAUGUUCCAUUCAGUCUGCAGCUAUACACACACACACACACACACACACACACACAAAUAUUGCUUGGACUACCUAUCAAUGGACUUGCUUCUUGUGUUUGAAACACUUGUGUGCAUGAGAAUGUCAUUUGCUAAUGAAUUUUAAAAGCAUAUAUUAUAAAACAAACAACCUGCCACGAUGUGAUACGUGUAACAUCAUUUCAUAAAAACCCUCCUCCCCUAAAGCCUGGGCAGAAAUGUGCUGCAAAGAGUUCUAUGGUUUCUUGUUCAUGUUUUGCCAAUGCUCGUGUCUCCUUGAUUACAUGUUAGUAGCACUGAGACCCCCACGGUAAUGUAACUUUAAUAUAAGCUGUGUCACCAUUCUCCUGUAAAAUAGUACUGACAGACAUGUGGAGGGGCCUUGGCUCCUCUGUGUGGUCCAUACUCGAGAUCUUGUAUUAUCAGUGGAGAUAAAUGUGCUACAUUUGCAUGCCUCUUAGGUUUGCCUUAAUUCUUACCUCAUUUGCAUCCUAUCAAUCUGGAAAGAGCUAUGUUGGAAUUAAUGCAGUAUAAAACUUAAAAAUCCUGCUAAAUGACUCGUUAAGUAUAUCUAUCUAUAUAUACAUAUACACAAAGAUAUUAUUUAUUGAAAGUAAAAAAAAAAACAAACAAACCUGGAAGUGUAUUGAUUUCUGCUUGAAUUUUCAAAGGCAUCCAAAGAGGUGGCAACAGAUGUCCCAAAUAAAUUUAUAACAUUUGACUUUUUCCCUCAAUUCUUACUUCGUAAUUUUAAAUUUGAUGUUCAUAAUCAUCAAGGGUCGGGUAGCAACAACUUACCAAAUUGACCCUCUUAAACACACAGCUUCGGAAUUCAGAGAAUUGAUGACACCAAAUGACAGCAACUUUCCAACCCUUCAUCCUGGCCCUCAAAAGCAGGGCAAAAAACAUGCUAUGUAAAGUUGAAAUGAAACAUAAAGCUUGUUUGUUCU